GAGUACUAUCUAGACAGCCGCCUUUUGGGACACCCAACGAUGACAGUAUGACACCGCGACUCCCAAAACCCUAGCGGCCUCGAUUCCUCCCCACCAUGGCCAUCGCCCCCUACACACUCCGCCUCUCGCCGCCGCCGCUCGAUGCCCCGCUCCUCCCCCAGCUCCGGGCUCAGCUUCGCCGCCGCGGGUCCGCCAAAGUAGCUGCUUCCGGCACCAGCUGGGCUCCCGCCGCCGGCGAAUCUAGCGACGGGGUCGGCGGCUGGUGGCUCCCCGAGCGCGAGAAGCCAGUGGAACAGGGGAGGAGGAAGACUGGGUUUGGGAGAGCUCUCGCCGUCGGGCUGGGAGCUUCUGCGGCGAUCGCCUUGGCCGGGCUGGCGUGGCAGUCCCCGUCGUCCAGGAACUGUUUUCAGCAACUCAUUGUUGCCCCAUUGCAUUACGUUCAAGAGAAAUUGUCAACAGAGUCAACAGAGACGCCCAAUGACAAUGCAAGUGACAGAGAAUCUGAUGAAGAUGAAGUUUUCAGCACAACACCAGAUGAGAAGGCUGAAGCAGUUACUGAUGAUUCAAUGCAAAAUAGUACGGCUGUUCGCAGACAUUUUUCUUUUAGAGCUCCUAUUGAUCCUAUACAUGAGGAGGCUUUCUCUAUACUGAAGAAGCUACAGAUAAUUGAAAAAGAUGUUAGCCCCAGUGAUUUUUGUACUCGGAGGGAAUUUGCAAGAUGGUUUGUUAAGUUGUGCUCAAAGUUUGAGAGGAAAAGGAUGCAGAGGAUUGUUCCUGACAAAUUAACUUCUGGUUCAGUCCAAAGUGCCUUUGAUGAUGUAAAUAUUGAUGACCCUGAUUUCUUGUAUAUCCAAUCUUUAGGAGAAUCUGGUAUUGUACUCAGUAAGCUAUCAAACUCCUUGGAAACUUCGACAAGUGGUUCUCCUACUGUCCAGGAAAAUUCUUUUUUCCUACCUGAGAGUUAUCUCUCUCGUUUUGAUCUUGUCAACUGGAAAGUGCUUGUGGAACAUCCGCGUGCAUUAGGAGCAGACCAAAAGAUGCUGAGUCAAAAAGUUCGCAUUUUGGAUUUGUGUGCUUGCCCAGAUGUGUCUCCAUCCAUGCUCAUAGAGCUGAUGGCUGGUGAGAACAACAUCAUCAGCAGAGUUUUCGGAAAUACAAGACGCCUUCAACCACACAAACCUGUAACGAAAGCACAAGCAGCUGCUGCACUGACCAGUGGUCGAAUGGAGGAAGCAAUUCGUGAUGAGUUAAACAGACUAGAAGCCGAAAAUGAAGCCCAUCUUUCUGCUAUAGCUGAAAUAAUGGAAGAAUUAAUCAGUAGAGGAGAUAUACAACAACAAUGGGAGGACAAGAUGAAGAAGGAGCAACAACGAGGUUUUGAAGUUGACAAGGAUCUUCAACAUGUGUUGCAUGAGCUUGCAAAUGAGAGGACAGACAGAGAAAGAGAACUAGAAGAUUUGUUGAAAGAAAAGUCAGCUUUAGAGAUCCAGAAUCAGGAUCUCAUAAAUUUAAGGUCAGAAAUUGAUGGCAUGUAUGAUAGACUGGCAACCGAGAAUGCAGAGGUCAUGGCUGAUCAGCAGAAUUUGGAAAACCUGUUGUCGGACAUGACCAGCAAGCAUCAAGCUGUCAAUGAAGCUAAAUCGUAUCUUGAAGCUGAAAAGGAAGCUCUUACAAUGCUAAGGACUUGGGUGGAGGAGGAAGCAGCCAGAGUCCAUGAACGAGCUGAGACACUCAAGAAAGCUGUAAGAAGAUGGCGAGUUCCAGUAGAUUGACCCCUGCAAGCAAACUGGGGAUUGUAUCAUUGAAGACUUGCUCAUAAUUUUUGGAGCUCUCUGGUUUAAGCACAUCUGCUGUCAGAUCUGAAUAGUUCUCAGUGGUGCAGAAUGGUUGACACCUCUUGUUCUCUGGGAUCGUCAUCUUUCAUUGGUGCUUCCUACUGACAUACUGCUGAUAUCGUUAUUUUCGUUUGCUGUUUCGACUGACUUGGUGGUGUAAUUCGAGGGCACUCCGAUUCCUGUA